GACUUGGUUGAAACUUGAAAACAGUAGCACGUGUUUUCGCCGUGCAGACUGCGGGAACCCACUAAUAUUUAUGAAGUUUAAAAGGAAUCAAAAUGUUGAUAGAACCGAAGUUGACAAAUACGGCGCCGGAUUUCGGUCAACCGGCUGCUAAACAGAACCCUCUUCUACAAAGAUUAGGAGCUCCGCACAUCGAUUCGUUCAAUUAUGCAUUGGGUCAAGGUCUCACAGAGGCGAUAGACAAUUUGCUUCCGGUGUAUCUGACACUUGCUAGCGGAGAUAGGAUAGAAUUGAGGAUUGAAGAUGUUACCAUCAACCACCCAACCGUUCCCAGUGGGACAAUCGGUGUUAAGAAUCACAAAAUAUAUCCUACCGAGUGUCGACAAAGAGCUGCUACUUAUAAGGGUAAGAUCAAUGCUAAGAUUGGCUGGUCCAUCAAUGGAAGAAAGCAAGAGACAGUGGAGAGAAGCUUGGGAGAAGUACCUAUUAUGGUCAAAUCCAAUAAGUGUCAUUUGAACAAUAUGAAACCAGCACAAUUGGUUGCUGUUAAAGAACAUGAACAGGAAUGGGGUGGAUACUUUAUUAUUAAAGGACAUGAACGUCUUAUAAGAAUGCUACUUAUGACUAGGAGAAAUUAUCCUAUUGCUAUUAAAAGAUCUGGUUGGAAACAAAGAGGUGAUCAAUUCAGUGAUUUGGGUAUUUUGCUGAGAUGUGUCAGGGAUGACAAUACAGCAACAAACAAUUCUUUGCACUAUGUAACAGAUGGCUCAGCCAAACUGAUGUUCACACACAGAAAAGUACUUUAUUAUGUGCCUUUAAUUUUAAUGCUAAAGUGUUUGAUGAAUGUUUCUGACAAGUACAUUUACAAUGCAUUAACUGCUGGUUGUGAUGAUGAUGUGUACUACAAAAAUUGUGUCUUGAAUAUGAUGAGAACUGUUCAUGAAAAGGAUUUGCAUUCGCACGAGCAGUGCAAAGCAUAUAUUGGAAAAAUGUUUAGGAUAAAAUUUUAUGAACUUCCUGUCAAUGCCACGGAUAUAGAAGUUUGCGAUUUCAUAAUUAAGUACUGUAUAGCGAUUCAUCUUGAUGAUCCUGCAGAUAAGUUUCAUUUACUUUGUUUUAUGACAAAGAAACUUUUUGCACUAGCUGAUAACAAAUGUGCUGUAGAAGGUGCUGAUGCUGUUAUGGUUCAAGAAUGUUUGCUGGGUGGUCAUUUAUAUUUACAAGUUAUCAAAGAGAAAUUGUAUUCAUGGCUUAUGGGUUUGAGAUCGGUCAUUGUAAGAAGAGCAAAGAAUGUGGGAAAUAACUUCACAUUGAACGUUCAGGAAAUGUUGAAUGCACUGAAAAGCUGUGGUACUUUUGACUCCCAAAUGGAGAACUUCUUAGCCACUGGUAAUGUAAGAUCACAAACUGGCUUAGGUCUUAUGCAAAGUACAGGUUUAUCUAUAGUUGCCGAAAAUAUCAAUCGAAUGCGUUAUAUGAGUCACUUUAGAGCGAUACACAGAGGUUCUUUUUUUCAAGAAAUGAGAACUACUGAAGCUAGGCAGUUGCUACCAGAUGCUUGGGGUUUCAUUUGUCCUGUACAUACACCUGAUGGUGCUCCAUGUGGUCUUCUCAAUCACUUAACAAUGAACUGCAUUGUAACAAAGCAUCCAGAUCCCAAAUUAAAAAAUGCCAUACCAACCAUUCUACUGGAUUUGGGAAUGUUACCUAUGUCAAUUGCCGAUGACUGGAAAAACUCUUAUACAGUUGUCUUAGACGGCCGUGUAAUAGGUUUAAUUGAAGACAACAUUGUUGGCAGAGUAGUGGACAAAUUGCGGGUUUUAAAAAUAAAUGAAAAAGUGCCACCAACGAUGGAAAUAGUUUUGGUGCCAAAGAAAAACGUGCCAUCUCAGUAUCCCGGUGUUUUCCUUUUUACGGGGCCUACACGUAUGAUGAGACCCGUGAAGAACUUGUCUGUGAAUAAGACGGAACUUAUAGGCACCUUUGAACAAGUUUAUUUAAAUAUUUGCGUCACCGCAGAGGAAGCUGACGAAGGACUGACUACCCAUCAAGAGCUUUCUAAAACGACCUUUCUCAGCAAUUUAGCCUGUCUUAUUCCAAUGCCAGACUGCAACCAAAGUCCUCGAAAUAUGUACCAAUGUCAGAUGGGUAAGCAAACUAUGGGUACUCCCUGUCUAACUUGGCAACAGCAAGCAGAAACAAAAUUGUACAGACUACAAACGCCAUCGACGCCUCUUUUCCGACCGGUGCAUCACGACAACAUUAAUCUUGACGAAUUCGCCAUGGGCACAAACGCAAUUGUCGCUGUUAUUUCUUAUACUGGCUAUGACAUGGAAGAUGCUAUGAUCAUCAACAAGUCAGCUUAUGAACGAGGUUUUGCUCACGGUAUGAUAUAUAAGUCGGAGUUCAUAGAAUUGAAAGAACAAAGCGACUACUUUGCUAGAGAUCCCAAUAGAGCUGACCUAGUUGAUAAAUUGGAUAGUGACGGUUUACCAAAUCCGGGUACAAUCCUGCAAGAAGGAGAUCCCUACUACAGUUAUUAUCAAGUAGAUCACAAAACAUUCCUAAUAGGAAAAUACAAGGGAAAAGAGGCGGCUUUCGUAGACAACAUAAAGCUUUGUGGAUCUUUACAAAGUAGCACUAAGGGUAAAGUGUGCAUAACUUUACGUAUUUCUCGUAAUCCGAGUGUCGGUGACAAAUUUGCCUCUCGAGCAGGUCAAAAGGGUAUUUGUUCGCAAAAGUGGCCAGCAGAAGAUCUGCCGUUCACAGAGACUGGUCUCAUCCCAGAUAUCGUGUUCAAUCCUCACGGUUUUCCCAGUCGGAUGACAAUUGCUAUGAUGAUCGAAGUUAUGGCUGGAAAGUCGGGUGCGGUUCAUGGUUUGGUACACGAUGCGACUCCGUUUAGGUUUUCUGAAAAUGACACUGCGGUUGAGUAUUUCGGAAAGCUGCUGGAGCAAGGUGGUUAUAAUUAUUAUGGGACAGAAAGAAUUUAUUCCGGCAUAGACGGGCGCGAGAUGACGGCUGAUAUAUUUUUUGGUGUGGUACAUUACCAAAGACUGCGUCACAUGGUUUCCGAUAAGUGGCAGGUGAGAAGCACAGGACCGAUAGACGUUCUGACCAGGCAACCUAUUAAGGGUAGACGCAGAGGUGGUGGUGUUAGGUUUGGUGAGAUGGAACGUGACUCUUUAAUAUCACACGGAUGCUCUUUCUUACUUCAAGAUCGACUAUUUCACUGUUCUGACAAAACAACGACACUUGUAUGUAAGAAAUGCGGUACUUUACUUGGACCUGUUAUGGAAUUAGCAAUAAACAAAGCUGGCCCUGGAGAAAGAAGAAUGAGGUGUAGAUUAUGCGGGGAUGACGGAGUACUAGGCGAAGUCGAUGUACCAUAUAUCUUCAGAUAUCUGGUAACUCAACUUGCAUCUUGUAAUAUUAAUGUAAAAAUUGCCUUUAAUCAGAAAUGAUUAUUAAAAAAAUUUCUCUGUUCAAAAGAAC